AGUAUUGCAUAUGCUGUUCCCUGUAAUUAUAUUCUUAUCUUUGCAUCUUUGUAGACUAAAUAACAUUGAAAACUAAAAAACAUAUUUAUUUUCCAACUCCAGAGUGGGGCUACAAGCCAUGUGUGUGUAUAUAUAUAUAUAUAAGAGGAGGCUGCGGGCAGGCAGUAACCAGUGAGCCCCCCUUCCUGUCCCCGCACCCCUCCCUCAUCUGCUCAAUUCACUUCCACUUUCAUUCUGACACUGCUGUCGGCUCACAGACGAGGGGGAUGAGAAAGAGAAGAGGCUGACUAUUCAAUAGACAAUGAACAGAACUGAAGGCAGAAGAAGCCAGGAUGUUUCAGGACAAGGUGGAGGCUAUCCAAUGUUUGAGUUUCUGGCUGUUGCUGUCUUGGUUUUGUCCUGGUACCUCUCCCUGCUCCCUGACCAAUCCGACCUCGUUUCUAUGGGUUUGAUUAUCACGACAUUCAUUGCAGGAUCAUUCCUCACCAUCUUCAUAAGAAAAUCCGUGGGAAUUGAUGAUUUUAUUGGGGUGCUGCUCAUAUGGGCAGUUGUGACCGGCCUGGAAAUGUAUAUCAUCAUAUGGAGGGACGACUCCUCAUAUUAUCCAACUAUUGUUCUUACAAUUCUUUCCAGUGGAGCGGCUGUGUGGAUUGUUGACCAAAGAUUCCACGGGAAAUCCUGUGUCUCUCAGGAAGAUAAAAGUAAAGAAAAGAAGCCCCUUAUUAGGCCGAGCGCCGAAGCAAAAAUCGGAAUAUUUUCCCGGUCCGGCCCUGAGGAAUACCCCUGGCUUAUCAGCUAUCUCCAGGAAUCCACAAGUCACACAGUUGUCCCUUUUGUCAUCACCAACACUAACGGCUUUAUCUUCAGAGAAGAGGUCGGUCGAUGCAAAUAUGCCAUUCUCUAUCACUCCUUGAGGAGAGGGAGGAUCAAUAUCACCGACGUGACCGAUUCUUUGUAUGACGACGAGCUGGAAUAUCUAUCAUCUAUACUAGGCAAACAGAAGGUUAUGGUGGUCGUGGAUGAUCUAGACGACAGCAGCUCCAAUGCUCGGAGCAGAAUCCUACAAAGCCAGCCUAAGAUUGCUAACAUGGCCCGGGAUCUCUUCCUUAUCAAUAAAGCAGAGAAGCAGAAUAUCAGUGAUAUCAGAAGGUUGAUGAAUCCCAUCAAAGCAAUGAUGUCAGAGGGCAGCGCUCACUCCGGGGGAAGUGCUAUUGUUCCAUUGUGCUUCCUGGCUGCAUGGAUAGCUGCCUUUCUCUGUGUCAGGAGUCCUGAUGAUUUUUAUAAUACGAUUCUUGUGGUGAUCACCAACCUGAAGGAGGCCUUUAUGAUAUACGGGGCUGCGUUUUCAGGCAGCGAUUCAGAUUCUCUGCUUCCAAUGUAUGUGGAGAGCCCAUCAAGAAAGAAAAGCUCCCACCAGAAAAGUAGCCUCGCUUUCCCACUCCUACUGUUAGUAUCUGCGGUACUUCUGGCUGAAUUCAUUGUUGUGGUCUGGGAAGUUUUUUCAGUACAGAUGGUUCCUUACAUAGCGAUCGCCCUUGGGAUGGAUCUUUCAGUCAUUCUGCUAUUUAUUAAGGGCCCCCAGAUAUUCAGUGGUCAUCCAAGAAAAUUCCUAUGAAACUUGAAGCCUGAUCUUCAUGCGUUGGGAAUAAGUUGCCCACAAAACAUCUCCUACCCCCUGUACCCUGGUGUAUAACUCUCCAGUUGCAUUCUGGGAAUAUUAACCACAUACCCACCUCACCUACAUGCCUGAUUCACCAGCCCACGGAUUCUGCUCCCAGUAUGUUGCAGCCGGAUUAUACCCAGGCAGGAAUGGGCAGAGCAACAUCUUUAAUAAAAUCUAUUGUUUGUA